AUGCGGGCCUUCUCACUUGUUGGCCUUCCCUCGUCUCUGCUGCUGCUCAUUACAGCCCAUGUCGGCGCAGAGAACCCCACGGCAAUCCGCAAAAUGUCACCAAACGCCGGCGAGAAGCUGCUCCCCGACGAUCUUGCUUUCGCCAAGGAUGUCUUCGAUACGCCGCUGACACCUCACGAGAAACUUCUUGCUGCCCGGAUGGCCGACGACCUUUUCCUCUACAACGCCUCCUACCCGCAUCGCCCGCCCUUUGCAUCACACAGCUCCCAGGCUGGUUUGGGCUGGGAGCACUUCCGCCGUGCUAUCGACGUGUUGAACCUCCUCGAGAAAAGACAAGCUUGCCCCACGAAGAUGAACAGCUGUGAGACCAUCGGUUCGCCGGAUAAGUGCUGCAUGACCAACGAGGUGUGUGUGAAGGUGGUGGAUGAGAGUGUUGGAAACGUCGCUUGCUGUCCGGCGGGCGCAUCUUGCAACGGACCUGUUGGAAUCUGCCCCAUUGGCACAACAAGCUGUGCGGCGGACGUCGGCGGCGGGUGCUGCAUUCCGGGUUACGUCUGCCAGGGUUCCGGCUGUGUGCCUAGCCAUAUUGCCACGGCCACGACGGCAACAGCAACGGCAACGGCCACCAAUGGAGGUGGCGGAGGAGGAGGAGGCGGCGGCGGUGGUGGAGGCAGCACUGGAGGAGGAGGAACUGUCACUUCAGUCCGGACCGUCACUAGCACGACCGUUUCGACGACGACACUCGCGGAUGGUAGCACCACGACCGUGGUCAUCAUCGUCACAGUCACGCAGCGGCCCGGAACCGUCACGACGACCAGCACUUCGACCUCCACCGAGACGCCUGCAAACCCUACAACAGCCCCGGCAACUACGGCGGUCAGCACUGGCGGCGCAGUCCCUCCCUUCAGACCGACGUCCACCACCGAAGGGGACACCAACACGGCACCUUUCUGCCCGACAGGAUUCUACGCCUGCCUGGCUCGCGCUGGCGGAGGCUGCUGCCAGACAGGACGAGACUGUGCUACUACCUCAUGUCCGCCCACGCCCUCUACCACCAUCAUCUCCAACGGAGCGACCGUCAUCGUGCCUGUCACCGACGUUCCGGCCUCGGCGACAGAGACAUGUGCGGGCGGUUGGUUCUUGUGCGGAGAGGAGGGAGGACCUGUCCCCGGCUGCUGCCCCAGCGGAUAUGCGUGUGGAACGGCGAGCUGCACCACCAGCUCAUCGACACAGACAGGAGAGAUACAGAAGCAGUUCCCCAACUCUGGGUCGAGAGUUGUUGCAUCCUUUGCGGUUGUAGCAUUGUCAAUGCUUGCUGCGUUGUUUUGA